GGCGCGAGGUGCGGGAUGGAGAGCAAGGCGCUGCUGGCCUUUGCUCUGUGGCUCUGCGUGGAGACCCGGGCUGCCUCUGUGGGUUUGUCUAGUGUUUCUCUUGAUCCACCCAGACUCAGCAUAAAAAAAGAUAUACUUACAAUUAUGGCUAACACAACGCUUCAAAUUACUUGCAGGGGUCAGAGGGACUUGGACUGGCUCUGGCCCAACAAUCAGAGCGGCUCUGAGAAAAGAGUGGAGGUGACGGAUUGCAGUGACAGCGUCUUCUGUAAGAUGCUCACCAUUCCAAAAGUGAUCGGAAAUGAUACUGGAGCCUACAAGUGCUUCUACCAGGACACUGACAUGGCCUCUGUCGUCUAUGUGUAUGUUCAAGAUUACAGAUCUCCGUUUAUUGCUUCUGUCAGCGACCAACAUGGAGUUGUGUACAUCACUGAGAACAAAAACAAAACUGUGGUGAUUCCGUGUCUGGGGACCAUUUCAAACCUCAAUGUGUCACUUUGUGCAAGGUAUCCAGAAAAGAGGUUUGUUCCUGAUGGUAACAGAAUUUCCUGGGACAGCAAGAAAGGCUUCACUAUUCCCAGCUACAUGAUCAGCUAUGCUGGCAUGGUCUUCUGUGAAGCAAAAAUUAAUGAUGAAAGUUACCAGUCUAUUAUGUACAUAGUUGUGGUUGUAGGGUACAAGAUUUAUGAUGUGGUUCUGAGCCCCCCUCACGGAGUUGAGCUGUCCGUUGGAGAGAAGCUUGUCUUAAAUUGUACGGCAAGAACUGAACUAAAUGUGGGGAUUGACUUCAACUGGGAAUACCCUUCUUUGAAGCAUCAGCAUAAGAAACUUGUAAACCGGGACCUGAAAACCCAGUCUGGGAGUGAGAUGAAGAAGUUUUUGAGCACCUUGACUAUAGAUGGUGUAACCCGGAGUGACCAAGGGUGGUACACCUGUGCCGCUUCCAGUGGGCUCAUGACCAAGAGGAACAGCACAUUCAUCAGGGUCCAUGAAAAACCUUUUGUUGCUUUUGGUAGUGGCAUGGAAUCUUUGGUGGAAGCCACCGUGGGAGACCGUGUCAGAGUCCCUGUGAAGUGCCUUGGUUACCCUCCUCCAGAAAUAAAAUGGUAUAAAAAUGGAAGACCCAUUGAGUCCAAUCACACAAUUAAAGUGGGGCACGUACUGACUAUUAUGGAAGUGAGUGAAAAAGAUACAGGAAAUUACACUGUCAUCCUUACCAAUCCCAUUUCAAAGGAGAAACAGAGCCAUGUGGUAUCUCUGGUUGUGAAUGUCCCACCCCAGAUUGGUGAGAAAUCUCUGAUCUCUCCCGUGGACUCUUACCAGUAUGGCACCUCCCAAACGCUGACGUGCACGGUCUAUGCCGUUCCUCCCCCCAGUCACAUCCACUGGUACUGGCAGCUGGAAACAGAGUGUACCUACCAGCCCACCCAAGCUGCCUUAACGACAAACCCACAUACCUGUAAAGAAUGGAGAAACGUGGAGAACUUCCAGGGGGGAAACAAAAUUGAAGUCAACAAAAAUCAAUUUGCCCUAAUUGAAGGAAAAAACAAAACUGUAAGUACCCUUGUUAUCCAAGCAGCCAAUGUAUCUGCUUUGUACAAAUGUGAAGCAGUGAACAAAGCUGGGAGAGGAGAGAGGGUUAUCUCCUUCCACGUGACCAGGGGUCCUGAAAUCACUUUGCAACCCGGCACCCAGCCCACUGAGCAGGAGAGCGUGUCUCUGUGGUGCUCCGCGGACAGAACUAUGUUUGAGAACCUCACGUGGUACAAACUUGGCCCACAGGCUCUGCCCAUCCACGUGGGAGAGCUGCCCACGCCUGUCUGCAAGAACUUGGAUGCUCUUUGGAGAAUGAAUGCCACGAUGAUCUCUAAUAGCACAAAUGACAUUUUGAUCAUGGAGCUGCAGAAUGCAUCCCUGCAGGACCAAGGAGACUACAUCUGCUUUGCUCAGGACAGGAAGACCAAGAAAAGACAUUGCGUGGCCAGGCAGCUUACAGUCCUAGAGCGCAUGGCACCCACGAUCACAGGAAACCUGGAGAACCAGACAACAAGUAUUGGCGAAACCAUCGAAGUUUCCUGCACAGCGUCUGGGAAUCCCCCUCCACAGAUUACGUGGUUUAAAGAUAAUGAGACGCUUGUGGAAGAUUCAGGCAUCGUGCUAAAAGAUGGGAACCGGAACCUAACUAUCCGCAGGGUGAGGAAGGAGGAUGAAGGCCUGUACACCUGCCAGGCAUGCAGUGUUCUCGGGUGUGCAAAAGUGGAGGCGUUUUUCAUAGUGGAAGGUGCCCAGGAAAAGACAAACUUGGAAGUCAUUAUUCUAGUAGGCACUGCAGUGAUUGCCAUGUUCUUCUGGCUACUUCUUGUCAUCGUUCUACGGACCGUUAAGCGGGCCAGUGGAGGGGAACUGAAGACGGGCUACUUAUCCAUCGUCAUGGAUCCAGACGAACUCCCCCUGGAUGAGCACUGUGAGCGCCUGCCUUAUGAUGCCAGCAAAUGGGAAUUCCCCAGAGACCGGCUGAAACUAGGUAAGCCUCUUGGCCGUGGUGCCUUCGGGCAAGUGAUUGAAGCAGAUGCCUUUGGAAUUGACAAGACAGCAACCUGCAAGACAGUGGCUGUCAAAAUGUUGAAAGAAGGAGCAACUCACAGCGAACACCGAGCCCUCAUGUCUGAACUCAAGAUCCUCAUUCAUAUUGGCCACCAUCUCAACGUGGUCAAUCUUCUUGGUGCCUGUACCAAGUCAGGGGGGCCACUCAUGGUGAUUGUGGAAUUCUGCAAGUUUGGAAACCUGUCAACUUACUUAAGGAGCAAGAGAAAUGAGUUUGUCCCCUAUAAGACUAAAGGGGCACGAUUCCGGCAAGGGAAAGAAUAUGUUGGGGAAAUCACCGUGGAUCCUAAACGCCGCUUGGACAGCAUCACCAGUAGCCAGAGCUCAGCCAGCUCCGGAUUUGUUGAGGAGAAAUCCCUCAGUGAUGUGGAGGAAGAGGAAGUUUCUGAAGAUGUGUACAAGAACUUCCUGACCCUGGAGCAUCUCAUCUGUUACAGCUUCCAAGUGGCUAAGGGCAUGGAGUUUUUGGCAUCACGGAAGUGUAUCCACAGGGACCUGGCAGCGAGAAACAUCCUCUUGUCGGAGAAGAAUGUGGUUAAAAUCUGUGACUUUGGCUUGGCCCGGGAUAUUUAUAAAGACCCAGAUUAUGUCAGAAAAGGAGAUGCUCGCCUCCCUUUGAAAUGGAUGGCCCCGGAAACAAUUUUUGACAGAGUGUACACAAUUCAGAGUGACGUGUGGUCUUUUGGUGUCCUGCUCUGGGAAAUAUUUUCCUUAGGUGCUUCUCCAUAUCCUGGAGUAAAGAUUGAUGAGGAAUUUUGUAGGAGAUUGAAAGAAGGAACUAGAAUGAGAGCUCCUGAUUAUACCACACCCGAAAUGUACCAGACCAUGCUUGACUGCUGGCAUGGGGAGCCCAAUCAGAGACCCACGUUUUCAGAGCUGGUGGAACAUUUGGGAAAUCUGUUACAAGCUAAUGCUCAGCAGGAUGGCAAAGACUACAUUGUUCUUCCCAUAUCAGAGACUUUGAGCAUGGAAGAGGAUUCAGGACUCUCUCUGCCUACCUCACCUGUUUCCUGUAUGGAGGAAGAGGAAGUGUGUGACCCCAAAUUCCAUUAUGACAACACAGCAGGAAUCAGUCAGUAUCUGCAGAACAGUAAGCGAAAGAGCCGGCCUGUCAGUGUAAAAACAUUUGAAGAUAUCCCGUUGGAAGAACCAGAAGUAAAAGUAAUCCCAGAUGACAACCAGACGGACAGUGGUAUGGUUCUUGCAUCCGAAGAGCUGAAAACCUUGGAAGACAGAACCAAAUUAGCCCCAUCUUUUAGUGGAAUGAUGCCCAGCAAAAGCAAGGAGUCUGUGGCAUCUGAAGGCUCAAACCAGACGAGCGGCUACCAGUCGGGGUAUCACUCCGAUGACACGGACACCACUGUGUACUCCAGCGAGGAGGCGGAACUUUUAAAGCUGGUAGAGAUUGGACCACAGGCUGGCAGUGCGGCUCAGAUUCUCCAGCCUGACACUGGGAUCACACUGAGCUCCCCUCCUGUUUAA